GGGUCUCUUUCCUUUCCGUUCGCUUUCACUGCCCGGGCUGCCUUUUUUUUGUCCGCUCGUCGGCACCACGUGUGGAUCGCAGCCGAACCGGACCCGAUAGCAAACUCGAACCUGCCGCCGAGACCGAGCGGAGAAGCGGAGCCGCCGACAUGGGAUCGACGUUUGAGCAAAUGCGGGCGAACGUGGGAGAGUUACUGCGAGGAAUCGACAGGUAUAAUCCUGAGAAUCUGGCCACGCUGGAGCGCUAUGUGGAGACCCAGGCUCGGGAGAAUGCGUACGAUCUGGAGGCAAACUUGGCUGUGCUUAAACUGUACCAGUUUAACCCAGCGUUCUUCCAGACCUCCAUCACCUCUCAGAUCCUGCUCAAGGCACUGACCAACCUGCCCCACACCGACUUCACCCUGUGCAAGUGCAUGAUAGACCAGACACAUGAGGAGGAGCGUCCUAUCAGACAGAUCCUGUACCUAGGAAACCUGCUGGAGACCUGCCACUUCCAGUCCUUCUGGCAAGGUCUGGAGGAGAACAGGGAGCUGAUCGACGGGAUAACCGGGUUCGAGGACUCUGUGCGCAAAUUCAUCUGUCACGUGGUGGGCAUCACGUACCAGAACAUUGACAGGAGGCUGCUGGCAGAGAUGCUGGGAGAUCAAACAGAUGUGCAGAUCAAGUCCUGGUUGAGUAAGUACGGAUGGACAGAAAACGAGGACGGGCAGAUCUUUGUGUACAGCCAGGAGGAGAACGUCAAACCCAAAAACAUUGUGGAGAAGAUCGACUUCGAGAGUGUUUCCAGUAUUUUGUCCACAUCACAGUAACUGCACGCUCCUUGAAAACACUUUGCAGCUUUUCCAUUUCUUUCUGUAAAACCCUGUCUCAAAAUAAACUCGUUUUAUCCAGAAAA